AUGGGAAAGGUUCUAAAAACCCUUUACGGAAGUAAUCUUGAUUGCAACACCUUUGACGAUGUCUUCCGGAUCUCCAGCCAAGUGUUCCAAAUUGAGCACAAGCUAUCAGAAGUGAAGAGGAAUCUCCCACACACUAUGCAGCUGGUGAAUGCGCGCGAUAUCCAGUCCAAGGAGACGCUCACGGGCAACCUUUUAUGUGUCACAAAAUUCCGAGUCAUCCUUACACUCAGAUACCACAAUACACGAAUCCUCACUCACCGGCCGUUGCUCCAAAAGUACCUCGAUAUGUUGAGCCACCAUCCCGCAGGGUCGACUGGCUCACCGUUAGCCGAGCCGCUUCGACAGGUGGGGGUGAAUAGCCUUCGAAUUUGUACCCAGUCCGCAACCAGCAUCGUCGAGUUGAUGGCGCAUGUGCUGUCGUCCAAAGAGAACCGGGCACUACUCGGAGCUUGGUGGUUUUCUCUCUACUACGUUUUCAACUCUGCUCUCGUGCUGUAUUCUGGAUUCUUAAUCAAGCUCUACUCUGAAUGCCACCCUGAUACAAUUUCGCUUGGUGACAUCGAAUUCAAUCGCAGCCACCUCCACCAAGCUAUUGAGUGUUUAACCUCUUUGGAUGACGGAAACGUCAUGGCCGAUAAAUGUGCUCGAUACACAAUGAAGCUAGAUCGCGUCCUAGACGUCAUACAGAACGGAUACGGGACGAUCAAUGAGGGAAGUUUGACUUCGCACCAGGCGGUCGGACAUAUAGCGGCUCUGAUGGGCCCGUCUCCCUUCGACCCGGGCCAUACACCAACCGGAUUUGAUCUAAGCGAGUUCAUGGUACCCGCAGAUCUAGACUUUUGA